AUGUCAUCUAUGAAGAAUGAAAUUGUUGAAGGAAAGGCUAGGUUGUACUUUGAUGGAGACAAAGAAGCUUUUUAUAAUCCUGUUCAAGAAUUUAAUCGUGACUUAACAAUAACUGUCCUUCGACAAUUUGUUGCUGAUAGAGAAAAUAAAAAAUUAGAUGAAAAAGAAGAAACACCACCUAUAAAGAAAUCAAAAAAAUUUACUAGUAAUGGAAUAACAAUUUUAGAUGCUUUAUCUGCUUCAGGAUUAAGAGCAUUACGAUUUGCUCAGGAAGUACCAAAUGUUGAUAAAAUUAUUGCUAAUGAUUUUUCAGAAAAUGCAGUUGAAAUUAUAAAAAAAAAUAUUGAAUUAAAUAAUGUUGAAAAUAUUGUAAUACCUAAUUAUGGUGAUGCAGUUGACUGCAUGAUGAAAAAUCGUUCAGUAUCUAAACGAUUUACAGCAAUUGAUUUAGAUCCUUAUGGGUCGGCUUCAAUAUUCAUUGAUAGUGCUGUUCAAUCUGUUGCUGAUGAUGGUAUUUUAAUGGUAACUUGUACUGAUAUGGCAGUUUUAUGUGGAAACACCCCCGAAACAUGCUAUAUUAAAUAUAAUUCUAUUCCUUUAAAACACAAAAGUUGCCAUGAAAUGGCUUUACGUAUAUUACUUAGAUGUAUUGAUUCCCAUGCAAACAAAUAUGGUAGAUAUAUAGUUCCUCUUUUAUCUGCUUCUAUAGAUUUUUACAUUCGUGUUUUUGUUCGUGUGAAAAGUUCCCAGAAAGAAGCAAAGACAUCUGUCCGUAAAUUGGGAAAUGUUCUUACUUGUUCUGGAUGUCAUUCAUUUCAUUUUCAACAAAUUAUUAAACAUACAAAAACUGAAAAAGGUGAAAGGUAUCAAGCACCACAAAUGAAUACUUUAUAUAUUAAUGAUAAUGGUAAGUGUAUAAAUUGUGAUAGCACUUUUCAUUUGGGUGGUCCAAUAUAUUUGGACCCUAUUCAUGAUAUGGAUUUUGUAAGAAGGCUUCUUAAACAAUUAAAAGAAUUACCAAAUGAGCAACAAUUAGGAACACAUAGGAGACUAGAAGGUUUUUUAAGUUUGAUUUCUGAAGAAUUAAUUGAUGUUCCAUUAUAUUAUGAUCAUGAUCAAUUAAUGAAUAUUUUAAAAUGUGCAGCUCCCAAGCAUACUGUAAUAAAAUCUGCAAUUUUAAACGCGGGGUAUCGGGUUUCACAGGUACAUACAUCACCUACUGCAUUAAAAACAGACUGUCCACAAAAUAUUUUAUGGGAUAUUGUUCGUUCAAUUGCUUUUAAAAAUAAUAUUUGUGUUGAUAAAUUUUCUGAUGAACAUCCAGGAAAAAAAAUAAUUAGUAAAAAAAUUGAACAUUCAGUUAAUUUUGAUCUACACCCAAUGGCAGUUUCUGUUUCAAAAAAACUUGACUUAUUACGUUUUCAAUGUAAUAAAGGUAAAAAUUGGGGACCAAAGCAGAAAGCUAAAGGAUCUGUUAACAAUAUACGUGCAGGAUUUAUCAAAGAAGUAUAA